CCGCGAUCCUCCUCUCGAACCCACCCACACUACAGAGACGGACGCUUGAGAGCGGUGCACUGCGCCCCGCCGGAAGUGCUUCCCUGGGCGGAAGCUUCAGAGCGCAAUAUAGCGGAAGUGCUUUCUCUUCCGGCCUCUUUGGUCUCGGCGGCAGAAGCAAGAUGACGAAGGGAACGUCAUCGUUUGGAAAGCGUCGGAAUAAGACGCACACGCUAUGCCGCCGCUGUGGCUCUAAGGCCUACCACCUUCAGAAGUCGACCUGUGGCAAGUGUGGCUACCCUGCCAAGCGAAAGAGAAAGUAUAAUUGGAGUGCUAAAGCUAAAAGACGAAAUACCACCGGGACUGGUCGAAUGAGGCACCUAAAAAUUGUAUACCGCAGAUUCAGGCAUGGAUUCCGUGAAGGAACAACACCUAAACCCAAGCGAGCAGCUGUUGCAGCAUCCAGUUCAUCCUAAGGAUUUCAACAAUUAGUUGCGCAAUAAAUGUUCUGGCUUUUAAAAAUA